UGGCCUCCACGCACUAUAGCAAAUCCGCGAUGCUGUCUUGAAGGCUCCCGCGCCAAUGUGCUCGCAUUUCUCGUGCGGUUGUCGACUCGGAAAGUAUCCUCAACUUAUAUCGUCGGUAAGUCGAGACAUUGUACUUGAGCUAUAUGUACUGAGUGCUAAGUCCGAGGUCUCCUUGGUCCAAGAUAUCAAAACUUUCGGUUUUUACAUACAAAAUUUCUGCAGCAAAAUGAUAAAAGUUUUGGCAUUCUUGAUACUCAGUUCGGUCUGUCUUAUUAUUAAUGCUCAAGGGACCGCAUCUAAUGAAAAACCAUUUUUUGGCCAAACAUUUGAUGAAAUUGUCGUGUCGUCGGAUUUAAAUGUAAGAAGGAAAUCAAAAGAAAAUCGUCAAGGCAAGUUAUUAUCGAACGUACCAUCAGGAACUACUGGUCCACCUGAAAAACCUACUGCAACUGCAUCUAGACUUGUUUCCGCCGAUGGAAGCCGUAUAACGCCAGAAAAAAGAGAGAAACGUGGCAUUGCUAUAACGCGAAGGAGAUUUAGUAAUUUCAGGUAUUUGGAUUUGGGCGUCGCGGGAUACUUGCUGAAAUCUCGGAAACGGUGAAAAUUCUAUUCCGGGGACAACCGCACGACCCUCCACACCCUCAUCUGUGAUCACACCUCUUUCGAUGAACUUUUAGGCCACGGUUCAUGUAACAAAAAGAAUAAUAAAAAUUUUUCUGUGUCAUAACA